AUGGAACUACCGGAAUGGAAAGCUGCCCUGACCAUGUCUCAGCGCUAUGAGACGAUUCAAAGAAUACAAGCCUCCCUUGCUAGUAUGAGUGAGGCCAUCGCCAUAGAACAGGCCGCCUACCAAAUCGCUUCUACUCAGGACGAGUAUAAUCUCGCCUGUCAGCCAACCUCGACACCGACGCCUUCGCCUCCCCAGGAGGAAGAGGAGGGUGACUCUGGGAUACGCAUUGGGCCGUAUGGGAACUGUAGACCUGUCUCGGAUGGUGUAACUUCAGAGGUCUUUCGUUCGGGUGAUAAGGCGCUUAAAGUCAUUGUGACUUAUCAGGAUAUCGAGCCGCAUAAUCCGCAGAGGGAGGCCAGGAUACUCAAGGGAUUGAGAGAACCGUGUAUUCCCCUCCUCGAAACGUUUCGCGAUCAGGAGCAGAGAUUUGUUCUCGUCUUUCCGUUCAUGCCAUAUACUCUGGCAGACCUUCUCGCCAACGGUCCUUUACCGCUUGAUGCCGUCCGAUCUAUCUUUCGAGAUGUCUUGCACGCUCUGAAAGAUAUACACGCUCAAGGCAUCAUUCACCGAGACAUCAAACCGUCUGCAAUCCUCCUCUCAUCUUCAACCGGCCCAGCAUAUCUCUCCGACUUUGGCACAGCAUGGCAUCCCGAGCUAUCAACCCAAUCAGAACCAGCAGACGAUAAAAUCCUCGACAUCGGAACAGGCCCUUACCGCGCGAUAGAAGUUCUCUUUGGACAUAAAUCCUAUGGUCCAGAGGUUGAUAUGUGGGGAGUAGGAGUCAUGCUUUCAGAAGCACUCCGCGAUCCUCCAACCCCUAUAUUUGAGUCUCGCGCUGUCCAUGAAGAUGGCAAUCAGCUUGGUCUUAUCCUCAGCGUCUUCAAGACCAUUGGUACGCCCACGCCUGAGACAUGGCCCGAGGCAAAACAGUUCAAGGUCGCACCUUUCGAGCUCUGGACUGUCUUCCCCGCCCGGCCUUGGGAAGAGCUUCUUCCCAAUGUAGACCUUGACUUUAUUGAUCUCGUAUCAUCGCUGCUUCGCUACGACAGUCAACGACUUACCGCUGAACAGGUCGAUCAGUUCAAGAACUCUCCUAAGCGCGAUAAUGCCGAGAAUGAUAAGGCUGAGAGCUCCGAAAAGAACGAAAACACUGUCAAGCAGGAUGACAAGCAGAGUGGAUGUGUGGAGAACAAGGAAGAUGGUGGUGCAAAGCUUGUUGAGGAGAGCUCCGACAACGAGGAGGGGGAUGCGGAUGAUGAGAAAGGCAGGAAUGUGAAGCUGACCGAAAAGGGCUCGGACAUCGAAGAGGACUCGGACAACGAAGAUGGCGGUGGCAAAGUGUAG